AUGGGUCUCUUUGUGGGCUUUAUAUUUAUUUAUCUAGGUUUUAUAUUUUCUCCUCUAAGAGCAGAUCAGUGUGUGAAGAAGGGGCCUUGUACAUGCGAAUUUUCCAAUGGCACUGGUUUCGACCUAACGCCUACAGCAAAUAAUAAGUUUUUUACGGCGCAAAUUUAUCAAUCUAAAAUGAAUGGAACGCAGCUCGAGUUGUCCACGUAUUAUUACCACCCGUGCUACGAUAUACUUCCAAAAAUAAACGCGAGUAAACCUACUGACACGUGUGGAGCUCCUUUGUCGAUAUGUCGAAGCCUAGAAACAUUAGUUUUAAAUGGUACAGGGAUAUAUCGCUCUGAUGGAGGGCGCAAUGACUUCAUGGGAACUUCUAAUGUCUCAGAGUUCUUGCCUGAUGGUCGCUCAAUUAAAUACAUGAAUGGCCCAUCAUCUACGCAAGUCCUACUAGUGUGCGCUGAUACUGAAGAUGACCUCCACAUAUAUUCGCUAUUGGAACCUAAUGCAAUUGUCCUUUCAUUCUACUCAAGAAAUGCGUGUCUCAAGCAAAUUGAACCACCCGGUCGGUCAUUGGGAUCAACACUGUUAAUAGUGUUCUUCUCGUGCGUCAUUUUCUACCUCGUUCUCGGAGUUUGUACAAAGAAAUUCCUAAUGGGAGCGACAGGACUCGAAGUCGUGCCAAAUCUCGCGUUUUGGACGGACCUACCUAAUCUUAUUAAGGACGGUUGGGCGUUCACUAUUUCCGGCUUCAAGCUACCACCCCGAGCAUCGGGUCACGUGACUUCUCCGGACCCUAACAGCUACGACAGCAUAUAACAUCGGGAUCUGUCCGAGGGACAACUCGUUCUCGUCGAGUGAAACCCUAUACAACAGCAAUUGUGUUAGUAUUGUGGUAGGGAGAAAUCUGAAUAUGAAUAACUCUGAACUUAAAUUAAAUUCUUAAAUGUGUCAACCUACGGAUAAUGGUACCUUGUAAUGUCAAAACUAAGUUUUAAACUCAAAUAAUCUUUUCAUAGGUACAUAAAUUCCACUUGAAAACGUCAUAUUAAUUAAACUCUACUUCUCAUUCCCCUGAGAAUAAUGAGCAAGAAUCUCUAGGGGUUGCUUUUUAUAAAUAUACUUUUGGAUGUAGUAGUCUAUUCAAUGCAAUGUGUAAAGCCUCUACAAAUUCAUCACAUAAUGAUAUUUUUACAAGUAAGUCGAUUGUAAUUAUUUCAAUUUAAGAUUUGCGUUUCUCCACUAUUCAAUUUAUUGUCGAUAUUUUGGAAAACACGUUUUGUUUUCUUAAUGUAAUUAAAUCACGAAACAACCUUUUGAUGGCCACUUCUCGUAUUUUGUGUGUAAUGUAAUGAAUUUAUCUACAAAUUUUGUUCUAAAUAAUGGAUACGAUAAUAUCUUUACUCAUGAUGGAGUUAAUUUACCAUAAUAAAAGUUCGUUUGAUGUCUUUUAUAAAUUUGUAUAAUGUAAAAUAUAUGUAUGGCCUACAUUUAUUUCUCUCGUGAGUUUGGGUGUAAUUUCUGGUUGUCUAUGUGUAUGUCUAUGGCACCCGCGAUACUGUAGCGAACACUGUAGUGUUUCCCUAGAACGGGGCUAUGAGUGUGUGCGCGUUAUUAUUAUUUUAACCAGAAAGCGGUAGUUUCUUAUUUUUCUAUAUGAAAGUUAAGUUGGUGACAUUGCACCUUUAAAAUAUUUUUAUACCAAACUUAUACUUUGAAGUGUCAUCAAUAGGACUGCACGCCCUUACUACUAUGUCAUAAUUAAGCUCAUAGUCAAUUUGUAAUGGAACUAAAUGGUUUACAUAUACAGUCACGUAUUCCCCUUUUAGAAAACGUGGCUUGAACAAUCGUUUAUUUGUAAUACGGAGAACUCAUAUUUUGUUUUACAACUUUUAACUUUUUAUUUUUGCUAAAGUUGGUAGGUAUCAUGAGCCAAUCACCUUAAAUACGACCCGAACUUUUCUUAUAUCCUGUAUAUUACAUUUGAAUUUUCGUUUAUAGUAAAUAAUAUUAUUACAUUUGGAUAGUGUGUAAAUGUACGUGAUAUUAUAUUUAAUAAUUAUUGAAAUAGGCAUUAGUUUAUAUGUACGUUCAUUUUUAUCAGAACGAAAAUAUUUAUAACGGUCUCCUAAAGUACUACCUGUUCUUUUACCGAAUAUUAGCGACCUUUUAUCAGUAUCGAAUAGUAAGCCUCCACUC